AUGGACAACGUCUCCUCACACAAACAUUUCAUCCUCGAUGGCUUCAGUGAACUGGGAGCUCUGAGGCCCGUCCUCUUCAUCCCAUUCUGCAUCAUGUUCAUCGUGUCGCUGUCAGCCAACUCCCUGCUGCUGUACAUCAUCAUCUCACAGAGAAGCCUCCACUCCCCGAUGUACAUCCUCAUCGCUGGCAUGGCGUGCGUGGACCUGAGCCUCCCUCUGUUUUUCGUCCCCAACAUGCUGCUGAGCUUCCUGUUUGACUGGAGGGGAAUCUCUCUGAUUGGUUGCCUGGUUCAGAUGUAUUUUGUUCACUUCUUGGGAGCUUUUCAGUCAACUCUGCUGCUGUGGAUGGCACUGGACCGCUACUUCGCCAUCUGCACACCACUCUACUACCGUGAAUGUAUGGCACUACCUAGAUUUCUCAAAUUUAUGAUCCCUCUUAUGAUCAGAAAUGUGUUUGUGGUCUUGGUGGUAGUGACUUUAGCAGGGAGGCUCCCAUUUUGCUUAAGAAAUGUAAUAGACCACUGUUUCUGUGAGCACAUGGCCUUGGUGGAGCUGGCCUGUGGUAGAACCACCAUCAACAGUCUGGUGGGGUUGACCUCAGUGUUCCUCAUCCCUGUGGUGGAUUUCUUCCUCAUCACCACCUCCUACAUAGUCAUAUUCAGCUCUGUACUGAGUUCUGGUAAGUCAGGUGUCAAAGCUCUUCACACAUGUGUCACCCACAUCGUGGUCAUGGCCGUCACCCUGACCAUCGUACUCACUGCUUUCCUGUCCUACCGGAUCAGAAAUGGUCUCCCUGCAGCUGUUCGGGUUUUCUUCAGCAUCAUGUACCUGUUCUUCCCGAGCUGCUUCAACCCGAUCAUCUACGGCAUCAGGACCACAGAGAUACGACAACACAUCCUGAAGACACUGACAUGUUGA